UAAGCUAAGUUGUUUACUUCUGGCUGACCUAACAAAAACAUAUGCUUUUUGUCAUUCACCAUCGUCGCCAACCUAUCAUCCCUAAUUUUAAGCUUUUGCUCCAAACUUUGUUGUGAAAUUUAGCCAUUUCGUGUUGAUACAAAACAAUCCGACCAUUUAAAACGCUGUCUUCAGCUCAGCGAAUGUCAGUACUGCCAAAGACAACAGAGUAAAAAAUCCUCCAAAGCAACACAGAUCCCAAAAUGGAAGCCGUUGAGCAGGAUUACUUGCCAGCAGCACCAUCUACCACCUCCCCUAAGCCAGAGGCACCGGUGCUAAAUAUUUCCGGAAGAGUGAAGCCCGAUCCGGAUGCUCCCCGUAAAAGAGGCAAAAAGAAGGCAGCUCCGGCUCCAGAGGCUCCCAAAAUCAAUCCCACAACAUUUCCGGUGAUUCUAAGCAGGAUACUGCUGAAGACUGAUGUUCCACCUGCAAGCGCGCCAAAGGUAAACGCGUCAGACUACACACAGAGUGUGUGUUUUCUCUGCCUCGAAAAGCCGGCCAGUAGGAAGCGCGUCUAUCACAUGUUCCUAUCAAACGAGAAGGAGCUGGGCAAGGACUAUGACCACAUCAGACAGCUCUACGAGAAGCGCGAGGAGUACAAGUACGUGAAUAACAUCACCAUUGAGUGUCCCUGUGCGCGAGCCCUUUACCGCCGUGUCCAGAAGGAGUUCACCGACGUCCAGUGGAACAAGCAGCGUAAUGUUUUCGAGACGGACAUGAUCGCAUACAGAGAUGUUUGGAGCAUCUCCAACAGAAUGUAUGCGAUGCGGAAUGAGGAGAUUGACAGGUUGCUCAACUUCAUGAAAUUUAUGAGCUUAGAGAAGAGCUAAAAGUAAAAGCUUUAGAUUUAAAAUUACGCUUACACAAACAUUGUAUUAGUUUCACUGUUUUAAACCGCUUUCUGUGAUUAAAGUAACUUUCUGUAGCUUA